AUGGAUGUCCGACGGAGGGCGAACCCCUCACAGGACGAACCCAUUUUAAAUCGAACAUAUUCUUCGCUUUCAUCAGAUACUCAAGAAACCAGUUCAGUUGAACCGACAAGUCCCCUUUUCGGAGUUUCCAUCAUCCACUGGCUUGUCAUACUAUGCGUACUGCUGGCACUGACCAUUACCGUCCCCCCCGUAGCACACGAAUGCUCUCUUUCGGGUGAAGAUUCCAAUUUUGGGAAAGCAAAUGAUUCGUUCAAUUGUGAUGCUGUGCGCAAACAUCUGAGCUACGUGACUGGACUUGGGCCGCGUACUUGUGGGUCUAUCGCCAAUGAAGUGCAUGCGAAAGAUUACCUGAUAACUCAACUUCGGGAUCUGGAAAUGCAAGCAAAGAAAGGUCCAAUUCAGGGGAUAUUCAAACAACAAAUUUCUUCAUAUUCCUCAUUCAAGACUCAUUCUCACGUAACUAGCUACAACAAUUUGCCUAAUCUCCUCUUUCGUUUGCAUGACUCGCGUUCAAAUAGCUCAAAACCUAGCCGUGCUAUUCUUGUGAAUUGUCACUACGAUACCGCCCCGGGUAGUCCAGGCGCCUCUGAUGCAUUUGUUAGCUGUGCCAACAACUUGGAGGUAAUCCACGUCCUACUUAAAGCUAGGACAGUGUUGCUUCAAGAUGUUAUUUUCCUAUUCAAUUCUGCAGAGGAGUCGAUUCUCCCCGCUAGUCAUGCCUUUGUGACUCAACAUGAAUGGGCUGAGGAUGUAGCACUUUUCAUCAAUCUCGAGGGUGCGGGCGCUGGUGGGAAACUUUUGGUUUUCCAGAGUGGUCCUGGUAUGGCCAGUUCGGUUCUUAUUGACGUCUACUCAAAAGCAACACACAGGCCGUCAGCUGAGGUAAUGGCUGAAGAAAUAUUUCAGUUUGGAUUGAUACCUUCAGACACUGACUUCCGCAUCUUUCGUGAUUAUGGCCUGAUACCCGGCCUUGACCUUGCCUAUGUCGCAGAUGGCUAUUCGUAUCACACGCUCCAUGACGUACAAGAACGCAUCUCGCCAGCCUGCCUUCGGUUAGCUGGUGAAAAUCUUCUCAGUUUGGUUCGUACAAUGGCUGCCGAUCCACGCAUAGUCAAUCUUCCAAAGCUUGAAAUAACUCGCACCGAAUCUCAUAUGCCGGUGUCUGAUGAAUCGCCGGAGGGUAGCCUUGGCAGCAUUCACGCUUCAUCAUCCCUAGGACGACAGCCUGAUUCUUCACUGGGCUAUGCAACACACUCGUGGGGCUGUCGGAUGACCUGGUUCACGAAUCGUUAUAAUAUUUUUGGCGUAUUUUUCCUUCCACUCUUGACGUUUUGUACUUUUUUCCACACAUCCUUCUUCAAAAUUCCCAACGCGCGCGUAUUCAGGCUGUUCCCUUUUCGUACGCUUCUGAAACAUAGUCUGUGGAUCGAUCGUUCCCAAAACUGUCCCCAACUCAACUCUGUUCCAUUUGAGCGUGACUUCUUCCAGGCUGCUCUUUUGAUCUUAAACAUUCCGUUGAUUCUCACACUUGCCCUUGAUAGUCCUGCCUCAUACCUUCCCGCUUUGUGGUGCGGAUUAACUCUCACAUUUCAUUGGGUUUACUUAAAGUGGGCUUCGGUCUUCGGAGGAAGUCCUGCGGUCAAAUCACUAUUCCUUAUUAUUCCUCCUUUACUUUUAUUUCACAUAGCCUCGUCUGCAAUGCUUCUGGACGUGUUUAUUCCAAUUUUUGGCCGAUCUGGGCAAUUAAUGAAGCCUGAUGUGACAGUAGCUUGUAUUCUAUUCAUAGUUUCAUGGCCUGUUCUUAUCUUCGUUGCUGACUUAUGGCAUUUCACAUCUGCCAAAUCCGCCCGCACAAUGCGCUAUCUCCUCGUCAAUGGUUGCAUUACAUUUACCGCUCUCGUUCAUACGUCUCCAAUAGGAUUCCCGUAUACUAUUCUCCCUGAAAAAAAUGCACACCUCUUUCGACCAAGUCAACAACGUGUAGCAGUUUUUCAUGCGAACAGAGCAUUUCGGGACAAUAUAACGAGUUCCAACAUCACAUAUAUGGAUUCUGGAAUUUUCAUUCUGCCAUUAGAUACAAACGAAUUUCGCGACGUUACAGAGUUUCCCGAGUUGUCUGAAUCUCGGCCAUUUAUUUGCCACAGAGAUCACCCUUAUUGUGGUAUGCCGUUAUUGUAUCCUCUUCUGCACGCCUUCAACACAUUUUUCUAUCUGCCUGCUGAACCCCACAAGUCGGUGUCAGCCAAGAUGCACAUCGUCAAUAGGACCCUCGAGACGAAAAAAUCUCCCGAGUUACAUGAAAAUUUCACUCAUGUUAACCUAACACUUUCUGUGGAUUCGUAUUCUCCCCACGCUCAAUUUUUGAUAAGAUUCCAACCACAAGGUAUUCACCUUGUAAGUUGGUCCUUCGCUCCUGAGGCAGGAUAUCCUCAACCGGUUCCAAUGCCUGGUCGUUCACCUUUUGAACAAGAGGCCUACACCCCCUCGGCUCACUAUUUGAUCAACCAUUUUGAUCCAUCGGGGGCCACAUCCCCGUCCCGCAAAUGGACAAAACCAUGGGUUUUCUGGCUCGAAUUUGCUGUCAGUUCAAUGCCUUGCAAAGAUGGUUGUGAAGAUUUCGUCGAUUUGGCCUUAGUUAACCAUUUCAGUGACGAUCGUGUUCCAAACGGAAAAUCUGAGGCGUUGUCAAAAAUGGUCGCUCGUCUACCAAAGUGGACUGUUCCAGCUUCCUGGCUUUCAUCCUACGAACACUGGCGUGUGAAUUUACUCGCUUCGCAGUAG